UGCGCAGCGCGCCGCGGAAGGAGGGUGGGGCGGUAACGCAGCCCGGCCCGUCAGCAGCGGCCGGCCCCGAGACCGAGAGAGGGGAGGUGGCCCCGGGGCAGCGGGCCGGGCGCGGGCGGCCCUCGGCGGGGAGCAGUAGCAGGAGGAGGACGGUACCGCGGGGAGCCGCUGAGCUGCUGCGGGGAUGAAGGACCGGCUGGCUGACCUGGCAGACGCGAGGUAUAAAGGAAACGAAGAUGGGGAGACAGUUAUUGUUGAAAAAGACCAUUUUAUGGAUGACUUUUUCCAACAGGUUGAGGAACUUAGAAAUAAUAUAGCAAAAAUAGCACAAAAUGUGGAAGAAGUGAAGAAGCAGCACAGCAUUAUCCUGUCAGCACCAAAUCCUGAAGGAAGAACAAAAGAAGAACUUGAAGAAUUAAAUGAGGAAAUAAAGAAGAUUGCUAAUAAAGUCCGAGCCAGGUUAAAGGCUAUUGAGCAGACUUUUGAUCAGGGUGAAAAUGCUAAUCGGACAUCAGUGGACCUCAGGAUAAGAAAAACACAGCACUCUGUCUUGGCUCACAAGUUUGUGGAGGUCAUGAUGGAAUACAACGAGACACAAACUCUCUUUCGAGAACGCAGCAAAGGUCGGAUACAGAGGCAAUUGGAGAUAACUGGAAAGACCACCACUGAUGAGGAACUGGAAGAAAUGUUAGAGAGCGGUAAUCCUUCAAUUUUCACUUCAGAUAUUAUAUCAGACUCUCAGAUCACUAGGCAAGCUCUGAACGAAAUUGAGUCGCGUCACAAGGAUAUUAUGAAACUGGAAUCCAGCAUACGGGAACUACAUGAAAUGUUUAUGGACAUGGCAAUGUUUGUUGAGACUCAGGGUGAAAUGAUCAACAACAUAGAAAAGAACGUGAUGAAUGCAUCAGAUUAUGUGGAACAUGCAAAAGAAGAAACAAAAAAGGCAGUUAAAUAUCAAAGUAAAGCACGAAGGAAAAUGUGGAUAAUUGUCAUUGUGUCAUUGGUGUUGAUUGCUGUAGUUGCUCUCAUUAUUGAAACUGAUGUUCAUCAUUAUCUGUGUUACUGUACUGCUUCUGAUACUUGGAAUUAUCCUAGCAACAACACUAUCCUAGCAAGCACAUUCCAAGAGUUAUGAACCUUCAGAAACUCCAAAAUACAUCUUCUGUAAAACCAAACCUUUCUUAAUAAGUGAUGCCUUACAUUGUUCCACGAUGAUGACCUAUCACUAAUGGUUAAAAAUCUAAAAGUUGCUCUUUAUGUUUACUUAUAAAUGAAUAUGAGAAUGUAUUAAGAUAUGGAUAGAUUUGCAUCAUAAACUCUGUAAGACUGAAACUUGGUCUUAAUUAUUUUGAACUGAAGUAAAUUAGAUUUUUUUUUUUCAUAUCUCAGUGUUACAAACAGUUUAAAUAGGGAGUUGAGAGACUUUCGAGUUUUGACUGUUUGGAGCUUUUUUCUAUUGCAAGUCUGAUUCUAAUCAUGAAAAGUAGUACCUUACCAGUUCUGCUUUUGUUAGCACUCGUGUGAACAUUUUUGACAUGUAGCCUUGUCUGUAAGUGUAAUUAUUUAGUCAGCUAUCUAAGCUUUAUACUUGAAUUUUUUUCUCCAACAAGUGCUAAAGUAUUUUAUCCUGAAAAGACUCCUUAACUGUCUUCCUAUUGCAGUCCACUUGAGAAGGAAAAAAAACAAAAGCUUUUUUUACAUUUUCCAGGCUUUUUGUUUUUUUUCCUUCAAUUUCAAACUUUAAUUGCUUUAAAUGUUUUGUUGCCUCUGUAAUAAAAUGUUAGUUGCAACAUUUCUGGUAAAAGAAUGCAGUAAUGAAGCACAUUAAAUUUGAACCUUAGCAGAUAAUUUUACAAAUAACCCUUGUUCAAAUACAAAUAACCCUGAUGGAUCAGUUAGCCUUACUAUUAAUGUGACAAAAAUCGUAUUUUCCUCUAUAUAGCCAAGUCACAAUUUCUUAUUCAGAAGCUUGCUAAUGUUGAUGUGUGAGUGUAGCACAUAAACUCCUUCAGAGAAGUCUGAAACAUAAUAAAAACUAAGACACUGAUCUGUUACAAAGUUAGUCUUAACAUGUAUGAAGUGUUUUAGUAUAUACACACCUGUUGUACUGCUAGUUUGCAACACUUAAAGGCUUGAAAGAUUUCAAAUGUAACUAAAUAACUGCAUUUAAUGUUACAGGUUAUUUUUGUACUUUGUGUGUAAAAUAUUUGUAACUUGACUUUUUGACUUCUCAUUGUUUAAGCAUAUCCUUGUAGAUAUGUAGAUAUAUUUACACUGUGAGAGAAUUAGAGGGAAGUAUAAUGUGUGCCUUUUAAAUACAGUCUAAAAAUACACUUGUCAAUGUUUCAAAUAAUUAUAAUGUUAACUGCAAUAACUCCUUAAACUCGUGUUUUGUUGAAGGUGUCUAAGAUUGAAGUUACUCGGUCAACUGUAACUCAGUCUGUGGACUUGAUUAAAUUCAGCAAAGUUUACAGUGAAUAUUGUAUGUAUGACAGUUCCUGCUUUGCUGUCCAAAUACACUGUGAAUGUGCUAGACCUGUUCAGAUGUCAAACGUAUUUAAAAAGAAAAAAAAUUACUAUUAUUGGUCUUUUUGCAAGUUGGCCAUAACGAAGUCACUUGAAAAAUUUUGGCUUCAUUAAUGAACAAAUUUCUUUACCUCUAAGUCCUUACAAACAUGGGUGAGUGUUCUGGAAGUUUACAUGCAAAGUAGGGAAAGAUUGGCUGCCUUAGUACUCAGUCUAGGUAAAAUAUGUUUUUUAUUCUAUAGUUUUCUAGAUUUUUAUCAGUAAAUAUUAUUUAUACAUAUACAGAAAUAAGGGGGAAAAGAAAUUGGUUCUGCUGUUUAACAGCUGAUCACCUAAAAUGACCCUCAAAAUCCCAUCAUGUUGUUUUUAUUUAUAAUGCUAUAAUUUGCCCAUCAAGACAAGAAAUUUAAAUAGCCUACUCCAUAGCUUUUUGUUAUACAGCUGUCUCAAUGAGUUUGUUUUAAAACAAAACUUGUUUUUCACAUGAACUUUUUUGUUCUGUUAAUAUUGGAGGGGAAUAUAUCUCUAACCUAUGCACUAAUAAAUUUAUCUAAGCAAGUA